GUGAUUCACCAAAUGACCAAAAAAGCCCUGAAGAGGGGUCUGGGAAGAGAAAAGAGAAAAAGUCCGAAGCCUUGAACAUCAGAGGUGUUCUUUUGCAUGUUAUGGGAGAUGCACUUGGAUCUGUGGUUGUGGUAGUUGCUGCUACAAUCUUCCAUGUACUUCCUCUGGAGAAUGCUCCGUGUAAUUGGGAGUGCUACAUUGAUCCAAGCCUGACAGUAAUUAUGGUGUUCAUCAUCUUGUCUUCUGCAUUCCCGCUUAUCAAGGAGACCUCAAUUAUUUUGUUGCAGAUGGUUCCCAAAAAUGUUAAUAUGGAACAACUGACUGACAGACUAGCUCAUGUCCCAGGGGUUAGCAGCAUUCAUGAGGUGCACGUUUGGGAGCUGGCAGGUGGGAAGAAUAUUGCUACUCUUCAUAUCAAGUGCCAAACCCCUGCUGAUUACCCGGAUGCUGCUUAUAAAAUACGGAAGAUUUUCCAUGAAGCAGGGGUCCAUUCUGUGACCAUCCAGCCCGAGUACAUUGACCACAAGACCUCCCAGCUCCUCUGCAGCUCACCCUGCAUCUCACAAGCUUGUGACUCUCAGCUGUGCUGCAGUCAGCGGGAGCCCCCCCCGGCUCAAACUAAUGGCUAUACUGAAAAAAACAACAGCUGCCUUUCUGCGCUGCAUAAAGACAAUGGUUCCUGUAAAAAUGAUAUUGAAAUCCCUAUCGAGUACCCACUGGCAGAGGAUGGCGUUAAAAAUGUGAAAAAUAGUGGUGUGUCUGAUGGCAAAUCGAAGUUGAGUUUAGGCAGUACACGGCUUUAG